AUGUCUCAACCCCCGCCUCCUCAAGAUCCGAUCCCAAAUCGCCUACGGGACUUGGUUGCUCUCAUUACAGGAGCUGCUGGAAAUAUUGGUCUAGAAUCUGCUCGUCGAUAUCUUCUUGAAGGCGCAAAGGUCGUGCUGGUAGACAAAAAUCCACAAAAGCUGUCUCAAUCAAAGGAGAAGCUGAUUAGUGCGAUCCGGGAUUUACCUGAUGGGGAGAACCUGAACUCAGAUGACUUGAUUCUCACUGUUCAGGCGGAUGUUACUUCCGAGGAGGACGUUAAGCGAUAUGUCGACGAAAGCACUCGGAAAUUCGGCAGGAUUGAUGUUGCACUACUCUGCGCGGGUAUCUCAUACGGGUCCACUAGCAUUUUGGAAACUGAUGUCAACCUUUACGACGAGGUUAUGAAAGUUAAUUGUCGGUCAAUUUUCCUCGGUGUGAAGCAUUGUGGCCAAGCCAUGAAAGAUUCUGGGAAAGGAGGGAGUAUUGUCUUGAUCUCUUCAAUCGCUGGCCUCCGUGCAACACCUGGUCUGUCAGCAUAUUCCACUUCGAAGUUCGCUCUGCGUGGUCUCUGUAUCACUGCUGCUGCUGAACUUGGCCAGUACAAUAUUCGUGUCAACACGGUCCAUCCAUGUGGUGUCAAUACCCCCAUGUUCCGGGCCACCUGGCCUGAAGAAAAAAUGAAGAGUAUGCUAUCAACUGUUCCUCUCGGUAGAUGGGCAGAAGUUGCGGAUGUUGCAGCCCUAUUGGCAUUUUUGGGAAGCGCGGACUCUCGAUUCUUGACCGGUGGAGCUCUCAAGGUGGAUGGUGGCAUUGUUAUGUACUAG